AUGGUUGCCACAGAUUUAAAAAAUAAUAAAAACAUUGCAAUUUUAGGCAGUGGAAAUUUAGGAGUUUCAAUUGCAAGAGGUAUUGUUGCCUCUGGACAUUAUAAAUCCAAUCAAAUUGUUUUAACUCGUAGAACAUUGGAGAAAAUCCAACAUUUAAAAGAUGAAGAAGGAUUUCAAAUUACAUCAGAUAAUUUGGAAGCUGCUAAUAAAUGUGCAAUUUUAAUUAUUGGUGUAUUACCAGCACAAGUUCCACAAUUAUUAGAAUCAAUUAAACAUUUGGUUACCAAGGAUCAUAUUAUCAUUUCAGUUGUAUUAGGUAUUACAAUCAGUGGUAUUAGAUCCCAUCUUCAACCAGAUGUCUACACACCAAUAGUAAGAGCCAUGCCAAAUACCGCAAUUCAAUAUUGUGAAUCCAUGACAUGUAUUGCCAACAAGAGUGACCAUCCAACUAAAUCAGGUACUGCUGAACAAGAAUUAGCCGAUCAAAAUGCAUUGGAAGUCACUGAAAAGAUAUUCAAUUGUUGUGGUGAAUGCAUUACAAUCUCUGAGGAAGCAAUGGUAUCUGCACCAGCUUUAUGCUCAUGUGGUACUGCUUUCUUUUGCAGAAUUAUUCGUGCUGCUGCAAGUGCAGGUUGCGAAAUUGGAUUCCACGCUGAGGAUGCUGUUAGAAUUGCCGCCCAAACUGCCAAAGGUGCUGCCAUCAUGUUAUUGAAAAAUGAUAGUCAUCCAGAAUCUGAAAUUGAUCGUAUUACCACUCCAAGUGGUGCCACCAUUGCCGGUUUAAAUACUAUGGAACAUAAUGGUUUAUCAAGUGCUAUCAUUAAAGGUAUUGUAAUGUCUGCUGAAAAAUCUUCAAAAAGUCAAGCUGCAUUAAACAAAUUAAAUAAUGUUUCAAGUUAA